AUGCCGUCUCUUUCCUUCCUUAAGGCGAGGAAUAGUCAACCCACUGAGCUGCAGGAUGAGCCAGCACAUACAAUUCUUGAAGAAGAACCCUUUGAAAGAGCACAAAGCAAGCAAUCAAAGCGCGAAUUCUUGAGGACCCUCAUAAGGAAACCUGGUGUCACAGGAGACGAAAAGUCCUCGAGAUCUAGCCGAUGGCGCAACAAAUCAGUGCAAAAGCCCGAAGCUCUACGAAUUCAACCUGCAUCGCCUGUUCCUCUGCUUUCGCCAACCUCUGAUCCAAACAAACCUUUACCAACGCCUCCAAUACCAGGAUCAACACUUGUUGAGGCCCCAUAUCUCAGCCCAUCUCCAGCGCAAGCUCCUACCAAGAUUACAAAACUUGCGAGAAUUAUCUCCCCCAUCACACAAGCAGACCUUCAUAAACUUUUUUUCGGGGCGCCCCAGUUCUUUGUCCGUUCGGAGGUUCAGCAGACAGGCGCACCGAUACCCUCAGUAGCCUAUCCAUGGAAUACCGAGAAUGAUGUUGCGAACUUUAAGGACUCUGCGCAGAUACAAGAUGAGGCUUGGGGAUCAAUUACCACGUUCCCACACGUGCCAGCAUCAGCCGAGAGGGACCAUAUGGUUAUAGGCAACUACGAGAUGAAACGUACAACACAUUUCCCUUCAAAAUGUCAAGAGCGACCUAAUAUGCUGAGCAUGCAAGGAAUCGAGAGAGGCAGUAUGGGCUUUGUAGCAGCGUUGGAAAUGGCCGUUGCAGAUGAUCUCAAAGAAAUUCCCGAGGAGAACCCGCAUAUUCUUUCUGAACAGCGCAGGAGAUUUUUGAAGAGCAAGCAAGGUGUACGGCCGAUCGCAGACUCAACAUUGGUUGAACGACUUAUAGAUAUUAGUACGAUAUACCAUGGAGAUGCAUCAGGAAAUGAAAGGCCGACACAUGAGCUUUACACGGAGCUUUUCACACAAAUGAUGUUUCCGCCUUCUAGAGUCACUGACGUUGAAGACCCGUACAGCUUACAGGUGCAGAUUGACGCCCUCAUUGAUGUGCUUGCAACACCAAAAGUGUGGUAUGACCUACGGUUUCCAGAUUCGAGAAUGCGUGUAAGCCAGAUUCUAUGGGGACCACGUGCCGAGCCUGAGAGUAACAGCGAAAACGUCAUCAAUAGUGAUAGAGGACAAGCAUCGGGAGGGGAGAAAUACUGGCUCCUUUUGCAGAUAUUGCUUUCUUCUGAGUUAUUACUACGACUCGACAUGCUUUCAGGAAACGCUGUUCAACCUUCAGACUCCAGCGAGAACUCUCGAUUCGACCAGAGUGCUACUCCGAUUGUGAAAUGGUCACUUGUCCUUGCUCGAACUUGGCUCGAAAAUAUGCGUGUGGAAAGAAAAGAUUCGGUAUCCGACACAGGGGUCACAUCGCCUACUGGAUGGUUAGCCACGUUGACAGGAAUCACAAGCAAGGACAUUGCUCACAUUGAGAGUGUAGAAGAUUUGAAAUUCGAUGGCAGGUAUCAAAUACGUCAACUUGCUGGACUUCUGCACUUUGCUCGCAAUUUGGAUUGGCCCAAUAUGGAAAGCUUGAUGGCAAAAGUUGCGACAAACGGAAUCCAGCCUACAAAUAGUGAACGACUAGCAAUGGCAGCCACCGCUCCGGGGCAAACAUGGACCUCGCACUUCUUAACUCGACAGCCAGGCAGUCGACGCGGAGCACCGUACAGGGAUUUAUCGAUAAAGUUACAUCCAGCUGGGUGGCUCUCGAGCUCUUACAUUAGCGGUCUUAUUUUACCGGGUGACAUCCUCGGCCAUUUACUCAUAUCUACCUUGUUGGAAAAUGAUGAGGCGGCGGUAGCUAAGCUUGGAGACCGUGCAAGUCUAUUUGGUGGGUUCGUGUAUGCUGGUCAGAGCUUUUGGAGUACUAGGUCUGUUGUUGGCCGAGUACUUGCGGCUAGGAAAGGGUCUCACGAGAGCAUGGGUUGGAUUUCAUCUGCUGUUGUUCCAAACGGAGUCGGAGAAGGUUGGUUUGACAUUGAAACCGAACCAGCACGAAGUGUAGCAGCUACAACAAAGCCAGGAGCAAAACCACGGCUGUGGCACAAGUCACUUGUAGAGUCAAGUGGAAGUGUAAUAGGCGGAGCAGAUGCCAAAUCUGUUCUUCCGGGGGACUUUGUCCUUCCUUCUGAUGAGUCGAUACCAAGAUCAUUCUCUACUUAUUUUCACUCGAUGAAACUUCUUUCGGCAUCCGAGCCGGACCCAGAAUCUGUCGACGAUGGAUUUUCAUCCCGUUCUAGUAGCAGUGGCCCAGCCCAAACCAAAAACUGCUCUGCCCUCAUGCACUUCACAAUAGAGACCGAUUUUGAGCGAAACAGAGAAAUCAGUCUUGCCCUGCGAUAUGACGUGCGUUUCGUCACUGCUUAUCCCUGUCUGCCUUCACCACAUCUGGAGAUCAUAAGAACACCCACUAGUCCAAAUUUCCAAGAAUCUGAAAAAGGCUCCAUCAGAUCAGCCCUACAUUCAAGCGGGCAUCCUCUCCACAAAGCAUUCACCUACACCCGCGUCUCCAUCCUCAACAUCCUCCUCAGUCCAGCAACAACCUCUUUCUCAACUCUCCUAUCACCCAACCAAUCUCUCGAUCCAUCCCAAUCAAGCACCCACACCACCUCCAGCGGCAUCCGCAAAGUCCUAGUCAUAGACUGUACCGAGACCUCACUCGGCAGAUAUUCAUCUUCCCGCGCCCCAUCGCCAGCAAUCGGCGCAAUGUCGUUCACGCAAAAGCCUUCUUUAGGUAGCGACCUGGAAAUGCUAGCUCGGGCUUUGUGCGCGGAGAGAGGUUGGAAUGCGUUGAUCAGCCGGAGGGGGAGAGGAUGUAUCUCGUGUGCGGUGAGGGAGGCGGGGGCGUUGGGUUGGAGGGUUAUUAUUAGAUUGGCUUGA